UACAAAUUUCUUCUCCCAAAGUUGGAGGCAGAAGGUCAGAGACGGGCGUGAAUGCAAUCACUGGCGGAAGGAAGCAAUUUAUAUUUGUACGAUGUUGUGAACUUCACAGCUUAUGGAAGUGAGAAUUACAGAAUGGCUGCAGAUCCUACUCCGAUGGAAUCUGAAGCGGAUUUGAACAGGCUGGUCGUGGAGAGUCCAGUUGAAAGGGAUAUUCCGAACGCUGAAAGUGGAGAAAGGCUAGACUCAAAUAAUGUGACGGACUUGAAUGAAAAUGAAGUAGAUGGUAUUCUAGAACCUUAUGUUGGUAUGGAGUUUGACUCUGAAGAGGCUAUCAAGGAAUACUAUGAUGCAUAUGCCACGCGUGUGGGUUUUAGAAUCCGUGUUGGUAAUUUCCAUCGUUCAAAUCGUGAUGGAUCCAUUAACAGUCGUAAGUUUCUUUGUAACAAAGAAGGUUUUCGUGACAAUAAGCAGUCAAAAAGGGGCGAAGUAAGGAGGCCGAGGGAGGAAACUAGGGAGGGCUGCAAGGCAAUGAUUAUGGCAAGGAAAGAGAAGUCCGGGAAGUGGGUUGUUACAAAGCUUGAAACAAAACAUUGUCAUCCUAUGUGGAUUUCUAGAGGCAAGAGAGUCACCAUUCCGGCUCCAUCACAGGACGAGAAAGAUAAGAAAAUUCGUGAGCUAUCUGCAGAGCUUUAUCGAGCGAACCAACAGUUAGCAGGGUGUAGAAAAACACUUGAAAUGGUCCUGAAAGAGGUAGACCAACAUGCAGACCGCCUUACUAAAAGUGUUCAAGACAUAGUUAAGAAUGUAAAACAGAUUGAAGACAAGGAUAGAGAGAAUUUAUAACAUUCUUAGUUAUAACAGUAAAACUUAUAUCUCCUAUUGUGCCCAUGAAAAAGCCGGAAUUUGGUACGCCUUUUAGACAGUCUAGUAGACGAAGGAAGAGACAGCGAGCCUUAUUGCUAGGUUCUGUAUCAUUUUCUGUACAUUUUUCAUUGGUUAAACAGAAAAGUUCUCUCCAGUAAUGUGGGAUGACCUCCUGCAUUAGUAUGUUGUGGUGGUGGCUGUUAUUCAGUAACUCGAAGGUAUGAAAGCGAAAUACAGUUAUGCAAGGACAAGGUUCCUGGUGUCCGGAGAUGCCAUUCUCUUUUACACAGGUGCAGAAGUCGUUGUCAGCAUCGGAAUUGGUAGAAUGGCUAGAGCGUAUUAGGCCUUGCAUAGUCGGAGCCUGAAAGUGUUGAAUAACUCGAAGGAAAAUACUUGGUUCAUUCGCUUGGACGCAGCCAUGUCUACUUGCAUGCUAAUCACGGUUUGACAUUGUGCGUAGAAAUCUUACUUUCUUGUGUUUUAUAAAGUUAGCUAGUAAUUGAUUUUCCCAACAGGACAUCGAAAUUAUACAAAAAAUAUACAUCUUAGAAAAAUUAAUUAUAGACUAAUCCCUUUUUUGUGCUACAA